AUGAGCAACAGUGGGGAACUUGUGUCAAUGAACAGGGAAAAGGCUGAGAUUCUUAACAACUUUUUUGCCUCAGUCUUCACUGGCAACCACUCUCCCCAUUGCUCUCAUGUGGAUGGACCACAAGUUGGAGACCAGGGUGAAAUGGUCUCACUAUGGACAAAGCCAAUUUUGAGAAAGGGUUACAGACGGCGGUUGGAGCUGUCAGAUAUUUAUCAAAUCCCUUCUGCGGACUCUGCUGAUAAUCUUUCCGAGAAACUAGAAAGAGAGUGGGACAGAGAGCUGGCAACUUCAAAGAAAAAACCCAAACUUAUUAAUGCUCUCCGACGAUGCUUUUUCUGGAAAUUUAUGUUUUAUGGAAUAAUGUUAUAUUUAGGGGAAGUAACAAAAUCUGUGCAACCACUUCUGCUAGGAAGAAUAAUAGCUUCCUAUGAUCCAGACAACUCUGACGAAAGAUCCAUAGCCUACUACCUGGCAAUCGGCUUGUGCCUUCUCUUCCUUGUGAGAACACUGCUCAUACAUCCUGCUAUAUUUGGUCUUCAUCAUAUAGGAAUGCAAAUGAGGAUAGCUAUGUUUAGUUUGAUUUAUAAGAAGAUAUUAAAACUGUCAAGCAGAGUUCUAGAUAAAAUAAGCACUGGGCAAUUGGUCAGUCUUCUUUCCAACAAUCUGAAUAAAUUUGACGAGGGUCUUGCUCUGGCUCAUUUUGUAUGGAUUGCCCCUUUACAAGUGGCACUGCUGAUGGGACUGCUCUGGGACAUGUUAGAAGCUUCUGCAUUUUCUGGACUUGCUUUUCUAAUAGUCCUGGCCUUUUUCCAAGCUUGGCUGGGACAAAUGAUGAUGAAAUACAGGAAUAAGAGAGCAGGAAAGAUCAAUGAGAGACUUGUCAUCACAUCAGAAAUAAUUGAAAAUAUUCAAUCAGUUAAAGCCUAUUGUUGGGAAGAUGCAAUGGAAAAAAUGAUUGAAAGCAUCCGUGAAACUGAGCUGAAGCUUACCCGAAAAGCUGCUUAUGUGAGAUACUUCAACAGCUCAGCCUUCUUCUUUUCAGGCUUUUUUGUGGUGUUUUUAGCUGUACUUCCAUAUGCUGUGACCAAAGGAAUUAUUCUCCGAAAAAUAUUCACCACCAUUUCCUUCUGCAUUGUUCUCCGAAUGACAGUGACCAGGCAGUUUCCUGGGUCUGUGCAGACCUGGUAUGACUCUGUUGGAGCUAUAAACAAAAUACAGGAUUUCUUGCUGAAAAAAGAAUAUAAAGCCCUGGAGUAUAAUCUAACAACCACUGGGGUUGAGCUGGACAGAGUAACAGCUUUUUGGGAUGAGGGAAUUGGGGAGCUGUUUGUAAAAGCAAACCAGGAAAACAACAACAGCAAAUCUCCUCGUACUGAAAACAAUCUCUUCUUCAGUAAUUUUCCUCUUCAUGCUUCUCCUGUUCUUCAAGAUAUAAAUUUCAAGAUCGAGAAGGGAGAGUUAUUGGCUGUAUCUGGAUCUACUGGAGCAGGCAAGACUUCCCUUCUGAUGUUGAUAAUGGGAGAAUUGGAGCCUUCGCAGGGUAAAAUUAAACACAGUGGAAGGAUAUCCUUCUCACCUCAAGUCUCCUGGAUCAUGCCUGGAACAAUAAAAGAAAAUAUAAUUUUUGGUGUUUCUUAUGAUGAAUACCGGUACAAGAGUGUCGUCAAAGCCUGCCAACUAGAAGAGGACAUCUCCAAGUUCCCAGAUAAAGAUUAUACAGUGCUUGGUGAGGGUGGAAUCAUUCUGAGUGGAGGCCAGCGAGCACGAAUCUCACUAGCAAGAGCAGUGUACAAAGAUGCUGAUUUGUAUCUCCUGGAUUCUCCUUUUGGACAUUUGGAUAUUUUUACAGAAAAAGAGAUAUUUGAAAGCUGUGUGUGCAAGUUGAUGGCAAAUAAAACCAGGAUCUUGGUUACUUCAAAACUGGAACAUUUAAAGAUUGCUGACAAAAUAUUAAUUUUACAUGAGGGGAGCUGCUAUUUUUAUGGAACAUUUUCUGAACUCCAAGGUCAACGGCCAGAAUUCAGCUCAGAGCUGAUGGGAUUUGAUUCUUUUGACCAGUUCAGUGCAGAGAGAAGAAAUUCAAUUCUGACUGAGACUCUCCGUCGAUUUUCCAUUGAAGGAGAAGGCACGGGACCACGAAAUGAAAUAAAGAAGCAAUCUUUUAAACAAACAUCAGAUUUUAAUGACAAAAGGAAGAACUCCAUCAUUAUUAACCCCCUUAAUGCAAGCAGGAAGUUUUCAGUAGUGCAGAAGAAUGGGAUCCAAGUCAAUGGGAUAGAGGAUGACCCACCAGAAAGGAGACUCUCGCUGGUACCUGACUUGGAACAGGGAGACGUAGGGAUGCUCCGGAGUAACAUGCUAAAUGCUGACCAUAUGCUGCAAGGUCGGAGGAGGCAAUCUGUCUUAAACUUGAUGACAGGCACCUCUGUGAACUAUGGACCAAACUUUUCCAAAAAGGGAAGUACAACGUUUCGGAAAAUGUCUAUGGUGCCUCAGACAAACCUGUCUUCCGAGAUAGACAUCUACGCCAGGCGCUUGUCUCGAGACAGUGUCUUGGACAUAACUGAUGAAAUCAAUGAAGAGGAUUUGAAGGAAUGCUUCACUGAUGAUGCUGAAAGCAUGGGUACUGUUACCACGUGGAAUACCUAUUUCAGAUACAUUACUGUCCACAGAAACUUGAUUUUUGUUCUAAUUUUGUGUGUGACUGUCUUCUUAGUUGAGGUAGCUGCUUCUCUUGCUGGGUUAUGGUUUCUUAAAAAGACAGCUUUGAAAGCAAAUGCAACACAAUCAGACAACAGUACCUCUGACAAACCUCCUGUGAUUAUCACUGACACUAGCUCCUACUACAUCAUCUACAUCUACGUGGGAGUGGCAGAUACGCUGCUUGCCAUGGGAAUAUUCAGAGGUUUGCCCCUCGUGCAUACACUUAUAACAGUGUCCAAAACUCUUCAUCAAAAGAUGGUUCAUGCAGUUCUUCAUGCACCUAUGUCAGCGUUCAACUCUUGGAAAGCAGGUGGUAUGCUUAACAGAUUCUCAAAAGAUACAGCAGUACUGGAUGACUUGCUUCCACUUACAGUAUUUGACUUCAUUCAGUUAAUACUGAUUGUGAUUGGCGCUAUAACAGUAGUCUCAAUAUUACAACCCUACAUCUUCCUGGCAUCAGUGCCUGUGAUAGCAGCCUUUAUUGUGUUAAGGGCAUACUUCCUCCACACUUCUCAGCAGCUGAAACAACUGGAAUCUGAAGCUCGGAGUCCAAUAUUUACCCAUCUUGUUACAAGCUUAAAAGGGCUAUGGACACUGAGAGCUUUCGGGCGGCAGCCAUAUUUUGAGACCUUAUUUCACAAAGCCCUGAACCUACACACGGCAAACUGGUUUCUCUACCUGUCAACGCUGCGCUGGUUCCAGAUGAGAAUAGAAAUGAUUUUUGUUGUCUUUUUCAUUGCUGUGGCAUUCAUCUCUAUCAUAACUACAGGUGAUGGACCAGGUAGAGUUGGCAUUAUUCUCACUUUAGCUAUGAACAUCAUGGGAACCUUGCAGUGGGCAGUAAACUCAAGCAUAGAUGUCGAUAGCUUGAUGCGGUCUGUCGGACGAAUAUUUAAAUUCAUUGACAUGCCAACAGAAGAGAUGAAAAACAUGAAGCCACAGAAGAAUAACCAGCUGUCAGAUGCCCUUGUAAUUGAAAACAGGCAUGUGAAGGAAGAGAAGAACUGGCCGUAUGGCGGCCAAAUGAUUGUGAAGGAUCUUACAGCCAAAUACAGUGAAGGAGGAGCUGCUGUGUUAGAAAACAUUUCCUUUACAAUAAGUUCAGGGCAGAGGGUGGGCCUUCUAGGAAGAACUGGCUCAGGAAAGAGCACUUUACUUUUUGCAUUUUUAAGACUGCUGAAUACAGAAGGGGAUAUCCAGCUUGAUGGAAUCUCCUGGGACACGGUCAGCUUGCAGCAAUGGAGAAAGGCAUUUGGAGUGAUUCCUCAGAAAGUGUUCAUAUUUUCUGGGACUUUUCGGAUGAAUUUGGAUCCUUAUGGGCAGUGGAAUGAUGAAGAAAUAUGGAAAGUUGCAGAGGAGGUUGGGCUGAAAUCUGUAAUUGAGCAAUUUCCAGGCCAGCUUGAUUUUGUUCUUGUGGAUGGAGGCUGUGUCCUCAGCCACGGCCACAAACAGCUGAUAUGCCUUGCCCGGUCAGUUCUCAGCAAAGCUAAAAUCUUGCUGCUCGAUGAACCGAGUGCUCACCUGGACCCUGUAACGUCCCAAGUGAUCAGGAAGACCCUGAAGCAUGCGUUUGCCAACUGCACGGUGAUACUCUCGGAACACAGGCUGGAGGCGAUGCUGGAGUGCCAGCGAUUUUUAGUAAUCGAGGACAAUAAAUUGCGGCAGUAUGAGUCCAUCCAGAAGCUGCUGAGUGAAAAGAGCUCCUUCAGGCAAGCCAUCAGCCACGCUGACCGCCUUAAGCUACUGCCAGUACAUCACAGGAACUCCAGCAAACGCAAACCUCGACCCCAAAUCGCUGCCUUGCAGGAGGAGACAGAGGAAGAAGUACAGGAGACAAGGCUGUGAGACUCGGUGUGGGCACACUCUUUGCGGAGUGAAUCAU